CCUCAGCCUCCUCGCGGAGCGCGAGCGCCUGAGGCCAGUUCGGGGGAUGUGAGAGCAGAAGGCCCUCGGCUGCCAGGCACCGAGUCGGGUCAGGAUUUGCCAGCCGGGCCCCGGCUCCAGCCCUGCAAGCUCGGGACGCACCCUAGCGACCCAGGCCCGACAGCGAGUUCGGGCGGGACGGCGGCCGCCGCACGCCCAGACUCGGCUUCGCUGCGCGCCCAGAAGAUGAAUCCGGCCUCGGCGCCCCCUCCGCUCCCGCCACCCGGGCAGCAAGUGAUCCACGUCACUCAAGACCUAGACACGGACCUCGAAGCCCUCUUCAACUCGGUGAUGAACCCCAAGCCCAGCUCGUGGCGGAAGAAGAUCCUGCCCGAGUCGUUCUUCAAGGAGCCUGACUCCGGCUCGCACUCGCGCCAGUCGAGCACCGACUCGUCCGGUGGUCACCCGGGGCCCCGACUGGCCGGCGGCGCCCAGCACGUCCGCUCGCACUCGUCGCCCGCGUCUCUGCAGCUGGGCACCGGCGCGGGCGCUGCGGGCAGCCCGGCGCAGCAGCACGCGCACCUCCGACAGCAGUCCUACGACGUGACCGACGAGCUGCCGCUGCCCCCAGGCUGGGAGAUGACCUUCACGGCCACUGGCCAGAGGUACUUCCUCAAUCACAUAGAAAAAAUCACCACAUGGCAAGACCCUAGGAAGGCGAUGAAUCAGCCCCUGAAUCAUAUGAACCUCCACCCAGCUGCCACUUCCACACCAGCGCCCCAGAGGUCCAUGGCCGUGUCUCAGCCGAAUCUCGUGAUGAAUCACCAGCACCAGCAGCAGAUGGCACCCAGUUCCCUGAGCCAGCAGAGUCACCCUCCUCAGAACCCACCAGCAGGGCUCAUGAGUAUGCCCAACGCGCUGACCACACAGCAGCAGCAGCAGCAGAAGCUUCGGCUUCAGAGGAUCCAGAUGGAGAGAGAGAGAAUUAGGAUGCGUCAAGAGGAGCUCAUGAGGCAGGAAGCCGCCCUCUGUAGACAGCUCCCCAUGGAAGCCGAGACUAUAGCCACGGUUCAGGCUGCUGUCAACCCACCCGCCAUGACUCCAGACAUGAGAUCCAUCACUAAUAAUAGCUCGGAUCCUUUCCUCAAUGGGGGGCCAUAUCAUUCAAGGGAGCAGAGCACCGACAGCGGCCUGGGAUUAGGGUGCUACAGUGUCCCAACGACUCCGGAGGACUUCCUCAGCAACGUGGAUGAGAUGGACACAGGAGAAAAUGCAGGACAGGCACCCAUGAACAUCAACCCUCAGCAGACCCGUUUCCCUGAUUUUCUUGACUGUCUUCCGGGAACUAAUGUUGAUCUAGGAACUUUGGAAUCUGAAGAUCUGAUCCCCCUCUUCAAUGAUGUAGAAUCUGCUCUGAACAAAAGCGAGCCUUUUCUAACCUGGCUGUAAUCAGUACCAUUGUAGCUUGGAUGCAGCCGUGACCUGACAUUUCCUGGGCCUCUUGGAAAAAGCGAUGGAGCAGAGCAAGUCUGCAGGUGUGCCGCUUACUGCCUCCGUGACGCAUGCUCCCUCCUUUCCUUGUGGCCAGUUUAAUCAUUGCCUGGAGUUGAUUGACAGUAACGUAAGUUAAACAUAAAUAAACAUUCUAUUUUCAUCUUCUGCAAGCCUACCUUCCUGUGAUGGGUUAUGCAGAAUUGUUUCAGCAGAACUGAUUACACAGAAUUGCUUCUCUGCUUGCCUUUCUGCUGCCCCAUAACUAAGCUUUAUGGGUGUUAGCUGAAAUUUAUACAUCAAUUGAUUAUAAACCAUGAAAAGCUGACCACAGGCAGUGACUUCUGACAGGCGGCUCGGUCCAGGAAAUGUACACAAAAUUCAACCUGAUUUACAGUUUCGAAAACUGUAUUGAUGACAUUAGUACCAAAUGCUUUAAAAAAUAUUUAACUUGAGCUUUAAAAAUCAUUGUACAGAUAGUAAAAUUCUGCUGUUUGGAAUACAAUGUAGUCUGGGAUCCA